AUGAGUUCGGAAGAAGCCCCAGCCAUUACAAUUUCCCAUGAAGAUGAAGACAUUUUGAAAGCCUUUGAGAUCCCCUCAAUGGUUUUUGUUCCCAUGGUCUUGAAAGGAGCCCUUGAGCUGGGGAUUCUUGAAUUGCUGGCCAAGUGUGGCCAGCUCUCUCCAUUGGACAUUGCGGCCCGGCUCUCCAUCGACAACCCGGCCACGCCGGACAUUAUCAACCGGCUGCUGCGGCUCCUCGCGAGUUACUCCAUCUUAUCGUGCACUCUCGUGGAGGAUAAAGGCGGCCCCCCCAGGGGCUCUACAACCUCGGGCCUCGGAGCAAGUUCUUUUUGGACAACAAUGGAGCUUCUAAUGCACCAACUCAUAUGCUACUCCAAGAAAAGACUGUCCUGGAAAGCUGGUUUGUGUCUAUAUAACCUGCGAAUUUUUACCCACCCGCACUGCCUUAAAGAUUUAGUUAAGGAAGGAGGGGCAGAUCCUUUCACCCGCACGCACGGCAUGAACCUGUUCGAUUACAUGGGCCAAGACCCGAGAUUCAACGACCUGUACAACAAGUCGAUGAUGAGCUCAUCCGCGAUUUACAUGGCCAAGAUCGCUCAGCAUUAUAGUGGGUUUUCAAAGGCGAAGACGGUCGUCGAUCUGGGCGGUGGCGUUGGCGUGACCCUUCAAACCAUCCUCUCCAUGAACCCCCACAUCCACGCCAUCAACUACGACUUGCCUCAUGUGAUCGCAGCUGCUCCUCCCGUUCCUGGUAAAAUCGAUCCCAAUUAUAUCGAAGGUAUUACGCAUGUUGGAGGAGACAUUGUAAAGGCCGUCCCUAAAGCAGAUGUCCAUUUCCCGAAGUCGGUUCUCCAUUGCGGGGACGAUGACUUCUGUGUGAAGGUCCUCAAGAAUUGCUGGGAGGCAUUGCCGCCGACGGGGAAAGUGGUGAUUGUGGACGAGGUGAUCCCGGAGUAUCCUGGGACCGACGAUGUCUCACAGACCAAUUUCUUGAUGGAAUUGAACGCUCUGAGGUUCGCCCCUGGCGCGAAGGCCCGGACGCAAAGGGAAUUCGCAGAACUUGCCCGCGCCUCUGGGUUCCAUGCCCCGAAAUACGUUCUGCGCGUGUACAACCUGUGGUUGAUUGAGCUUCACAAGAAGAUGUGA